AUGAAAGCGGCCGAUGAGAAGUUGUAUUUUAAAAAUCAUUUUUAUAAAUUAGGUCAGGGCCGUAUAAUAUCGAAUGAUGAUUAUCCAUUUUGGUCUAAAUUUUGGAGAUUACCAACCACAAGUGAUGAUAUUUAUGAAAUUAUAACUUUAGAAGAUCUUAAAUUAGUACAGAAUCAAAAUUUACAAAACUAUUACACAUUUGUCAAAGUGCUAAGUCUAAAAAUUAUUCAAUUUACAAAACAACAGAAUGAAUUUAACGACUCCGAUAUAAAUAAAUUGUUGAACUGUAUACGGUUCUUAUGUAAAAUUAUACCACCAUUGUUUGCCUUGGAUACUUAUAAAGACAUAGAAAUUGAAUUAUUCUGGGACGAACAAGGGAAUAAAAGUCUAGCAUACAAUUUAAUGAUGAGUCUUGUGGAUUUAUUGUUCACAAAAGGAUUUACAAUAAAUUCUAAAGAAAAAGGUGGAUUAUCAUUGUCAGUUUGGGAACCUGGUAUUGGAUAUAAUGCAAAAUUCCAACAACCAAAUUUGAUCAUUGAUAGUAAUAGAAGUGAAGUUUUAAAAUUGAUUAUAUGUUUGUGUUCAACUACAAUGUAUUAUAAAGCUUCAACAGCUGUAUCUACAGGCUCUAAAUUCUUGACUAUUUUAGUUCUGGCUACACCGAAAAAGAAUUUGUUAACAUUAGUGUCAUCAUUGAUCAAUUUGGUUUGCAGAUCAUCGAGAAGUUCAAUUAAUGAGAAUGCUCUUUAUUAUGACAACAUAAAUUUUACAGAAAUUAGACAUCUUUGUGCCACUCAAGCAUUCCAACUACUCACAUUAAUGAUUGUAUAUCCCCUACCGGAGAACUCAACCGAAUUGAAUGAUGGUGUUAAGCCAAUGAAUUUGGCAAGAGCUUACAUGGGUAAGAUUCAUAAGGAAAACGAAAUUCUAUUCUUGGUCACAUCAUUAAUCAAUAUACUAAGAUACCCAAUGGUCAAUUCAGAAGAUAGCACAUUCGGAAUCAUCAAAAAUGUAAAUCAACCGUCACUAUGGGCAGUUGAAUCAGUCAUCUUAAUUUGGGAAUUAAUUCAAUGCAAUAAACACUUCAAGGAAGUUUUAACAAAAAAAUUUAUUUCAGAAUUCAUGGUUAUUUUAUUAUACUAUAUUUUUGCUUUUCACAAUCAUUAUAACCAUAAAAAUUUAGUUCGUGUUUGUUCUUAUUUAUUAUUAUUUUUAUCAUCAAAUUGUAGCAUGCUUGAGAAUUUAUUUUUACCCAUGAAUUCCAUGCUUUAUGAAUCUAUACCUGCUAGUUUCAAAUUAUCAAUCACUCCAUUAACAACCCGUGAUUAUUUGGUUUGUCAAAUUUGUACAGUUUUAUUGAAUGCAUACCCUUUGCAACAAUCAUAUAUGACAAAACCAUUACCAAAUCUUUUAUUAAGUACAUUGGCUGAAACAUUGUUUAAUUUGAUACCUCCCGUUUCAUCGCAAGAAUUAAAGGUACAUAAUGAUCCGCAAAAGAAAAUCAAUAAUCCAAAUCCAAGAGGUGGAUUAUCCUAUCAAUCAUCUUCAUUAAUCAUACAAUUGAUUGCGAGAUUUUCAAACAAAAGUUUUUUACUAGAGAAAUCAUUUCAUUUAAAUGUAGUCGCCUUGAUCAUAAGAGCUGUUUGUACAGCCGUUAUAAAAUAUCCACAACCAUCUAGAAUGUUAUUAUUUUGUAUUUUAAAGAAUGAAAAGAUCUUUGAUGAACUUUGGAAUACUAUUUUUAGCUUUAAUGAGGUAUAUGUUAGAGGAGAGGCAAUUGCCAAAAUCGUCGAACAAGAAGAAGAAGUGCAAACCAAUGUUACUGCAGAUACCAAUUCUAUAACAAUAAAACCUAAAAAUUUCGAGGAUAAUGAAUCCGUUAUAUCAGAAGCGGAAAGUGUUGAAGCUUCGUUAAGACCCAAACCACCGUCUGGUAUGUCCACAAAAGCAAAAGAAAAAAGAAGGAAAGAAAGUCCUAUAGGUAAAAGUUGGGAAGGGAAAGACUCCUUAGCAUUAAUUAUAACAACUAUAGUUCCUUACUUGAAGACCAUACUUAAUUCGAUUUGGUCUGGUACUCGUGGAAGCAGUGUCGAUAGUUUUGAAUUAGUUCGGAAAAUUGAACAUGCAGAUUAUCAUCAACUUAUAGAGGAACACAAACAUCAAAUCAAAUCGGAUCUACUACCUGACACUAAAUUGGAACAACUAAAAUUUAAUUGGAGUUAUAUAUCACUAGGAUGGUACCUUUCCUUAUUGUACGGCAAGAUCUACAACACUACUACUGAGGUCAAAGUUUAUAUCGGAAACAACAACAAAUUUAUUAAGAACUUUUCAAAUUCAAUUGCUACGGUAAGUAAAAUAACUUCAAGUUGGACAAGCUUUUUAAAGCAAGAUACACAACCAGUGACAGAUGAAAAAACAGCCGAAUGGAUAAAAAAUAGCAUUACCAACUUUAACCCAUGGCAAGGAACUGACAUUAAAUUAUUUGAAUUACAAAAUGAGUCUAAUGAUAGCUUCUUUGCAAAUUUAAAUAAAAUAAGUGGAAAUUCACAUUACGCUGUUCCAGGAACUCCUGGUAGUAUUAAUGAUAUGAUGAAAAAAUUCAACGAACUCAAAGUCAAUGGCAAAACUUCACCACCUAGCACUCCUACAGAAGAUCAAGAUUCAUAUUUUGGUAAAAGGAGUGGUAGAAAUUCAGUUACCAGUUUGCAUUCAUUAAACACAUUAAAUAGAAUUAGAAGUCAUAAUACCCCUAGAAAUUCCAUAAGUUGA